UAGAGACUCGUGUAGAGACUCGCGUAGAGACACACAGAGAGACUCGCAUAGAGACACGCAUAGAGACACGCAUAGAGACACACAGAGACACACGUAGAGACACUCGUAGAGACAUGCGUAGAGACACGCGUAGAGACGCGUAGAGACUCGCGUAGAGACGCGUAGAGACUCGCGUAGAGACUCGCGUAGAGACUUGCAUAGAGACACGCAUAGAGACUCGCAUAGAGACUCGCAUAGAGACACACAUGUUUUACAGACAAUGUGGACAUCAGCUUAAUGCUCUCCUUUUGCCCAUCUUGUAUAAUAUAACAUUAUCUCUAACCUCUGCAUCUCUCUGUCUUCUGUUACCUUCUGUCAUGCUUUCUGAACACGACUCCCUCUCUCCAUCCUACUCUCUUUCUCCUCUGACCCUCCCUCUCCCUUCCACUCCUUCCCUCCCUCAGCGGCAGCUCCUAUGGAUGACAGGAUCGUGGGGGGUUAUGAGUGUGAGGCUCACUCCCAACCCUGGCAAGCCUCUCUUAACAUCGGCUACCACUUCUGUGGCGGUUCCCUCAUUAAUGACCAGUGGAUCAUCUCUGCCGCCCACUGCUGGAUGAAUCCUUGGAGUCAGCUUGCUAUCCUGGGUGACCACCACAUCUGGGAGCACGAGGGAACGGAGCAGUACAUGUCUGUGGAUGCCAUCUACUGGCACCAGAGCUAUGACUACCAGACCCUGGACCACGACAUUAUGCUGUUGAAGCUGGCCCACCCUGUCACUCUCAACAAGUUUGUCAAGCCCAUCGCCUUGCCCACAGCCUGCCCCAAGGCCGGGGACAUGUGUGUGGUGUCUGGAUGGGGAAACAUCUACACCGACUCUGUGUUCAACCCAUUUAACCUGCAGUGUGUGGACAUCCCCAUUCUGUCUAAGAAGGCCUGUGACGAGUCCUACCCUGGCCAGAUUACUGAUACCAUGGUGUGUGCCGGAUACCUGGAGGGAGGCAAGGACGCCUGUCAGGGUGACUCCGGCGGUCCCCUGGUGUGUAACGGAGAGCUGCAUGGCAUUGUGUCCUGGGGUGUUGGCUGUGCCCAGCCCAACUAUCCUGGUGUCUACACCAAGGUCUGUGCCCUGCUGCCCUGGAUCACCGAGAUCAUCACCAACUACUAGCCUGUACCCUCCACACCAGACUAGAGAGAGAGAGAGAGAGAGAGAGAGAGAGAGAGAGAAGAAGAUGAAGUAGAGGGAGAUAGAAGGCUGAUGUUGUUACAUGCAGGAAGACAAAGAGACAUCUAGUCAAUAAAAUGGCAUCUUUGACUUCA